AUGGAGUACUUCACGAGCACGAACGCGAAGGCGGCUGCCUUUCAGGUGGGGAGUGUCCGGUAUUCCUUGCCUGUAGAGGUGAUGGGAAGAAGCGACGUGCAGGCCAGUGGUCUGGCGCUAGUUGUGAGGCGAGAAGGCUUCAAAGACAUCCCCCCGAGGGUCCCCAAGACAGAAGACGGGGCAUUGCAACUUAACAGACCACAAAUGGGAUUUGAACUCAUGGUCGAACACCUCCUAGGUAUGCAACCUCUGAAGGGUUGUCCUUUGAAGGAGUUUGCAGAGAAGUACAUAGCUCUUAAGACUGAACUUCUCUAUUGGCAGCUGCCCACUGCAGAUGUCGCCUUCGAUGAUCGCCUCUACUACACCUCUGCCUGGACAGAUGGAGACUGUUUUUAUCCCCUUCGUCGUGAGGAUGCUGCCGCCUUCAGCCGCUCGGAGGCUGAAGCUCACCGGCCUGCCAAUGUGGUACAGCUUCAAGAUUCCUCGAUCCCCGAGGAGAUAAAAUGCUUUUUGGAAGAUGUUAAGGGAGACUUUCAGUGCUGGGCUACACCAGAGCCGACCCAGAACAACGCAGAGGGCGCUGCAGCAGCUGCAUCAGCUGCAAAUCAAACCAACCGGCUCUGCAUUGCAGCGGGUGAAGAUCGUUUCCUGUGUCUGCCUCCGGGGCUGCAGCGUCCAUGUGUCCAUUUUGCUGCUCUUCCGGACCGCAACGGCUUUGCGCCGUUUGCUGUUGCUGCUGGGCCUUUGGAGUAUACUCUUGUUUGGUCGCCUGGGGCCUUUUUGCACUUGCGAGGAGAGCAGAAAAAGUCCGGAGAAAUUCGAUACCAGCUGGAACUCAUUAUCAAAAAGCCUGCCUGGCUGUGCAUACACCCCACUCUCGGAUCAGUUCUUUCAGGGGUAGAAGGACCAGUGCCGCACAUCUUUUGCUUCGGGAUGCCUGAUGCACAAGUUGUGCGCUUCUUUCCUUGGGGUGCCCUUGCAAUCAAUGGAGAAGUCAUUUGCGACGCCCAGGCAAAAACAGCAGAUGAGCAAAACUCGACGCAGGAGACACGUGGAGUUACAGCUCAAGCGCAAGGUCGUGGCGAGCCCAAGCCAGCCCUGGCAGCAACUUUUCUCCGUCUUUUCAACAAGUCAUUCGAACCGCCUCUCCGCAUUUGCUUCCUCAAUACUGACAAAGAGGGGAAAUCUGUGACCUUGAAGCGGCUGAAGGAUUUUGACGUGCACGACACAAGAAAUGAAGAGGUGACAGGAUUUAACAUCAUGCUGGCUCUGAAGGGAGCUUUGGCGGAGGCACGGGCAGACCGCGCAGUACCCGACAAACAGAAGCCUGGAAAGACAAUUGUCUUCCAGAUAGACAGCAACGGUCAGCUUGUUGACGAAAAUCAAAUCGUCAUUGAUGGAGGCGGUCCCCGAGGAGAAGAACUCUUCUCCAUUGCAGUUUAUGGAGAGUACGACUGCACAUCGCAAAAGUACUACACCUUUGAGACCGGUAAGAAGCUGUUUGAUUUCCACCGCCAGAUGUUUAUGAACCGCAGUUUGCAGCACUCUGGCAACUGCAACAUUAUGUAG